CGUGACGGAAGUGACGUCAUGGCGUCAACAUACAUGAUGGCGACGCAUCACAGGCAGAGUGCUGCGGGUCGCAGGAAAGUGCAGGUGUCGUAUGUGAUCAGAGAUGAGGUGGAGAAAUAUAAUCGUAAUGGAGUCAACGCACUACAGCUGGAUCUAGCUCUUAACCGGCUCUUCACCGCCGGACGAGACUCGAUCAUCAGGAUCUGGAGUGUUAACCAGCACAAGCAGGAUCCAUACAUUGCAUCAAUGGAACAUCACACAGACUGGGUCAAUGACAUCGUCCUCUGCUGUAACGGAAAAACAUUGAUAUCAGCGUCAUCUGACACCACAGUGAAGGUUUGGAACGCACACAAGGGCUUCUGUAUGUCAACACUGCGAACACACAAGGACUAUGUAAAAGCAUUAGCGUAUGCUAAAGACAAAGAGCUGGUGGCUUCAGCGGGCCUCGACAGACAGAUCUUCCUGUGGGACGUGAACACACUGACAGCACUGACUGCUUCUAAUAACACUGUCACUACAUCUUCUCUCAGUGGGAACAAAGAUUCAAUCUACAGUUUGGCCAUGAAUCAGAUGGGGACAGUCAUAGUGUCUGGAUCCACCGAAAAGGUUCUGAGAGUGUGGGACCCGCGCACCUGUGCUAAACUGAUGAAACUGAAGGGACACACAGACAACGUCAAAUCACUGCUGUUGAACAGAGAUGGUACUCAGUGUCUUUCGGGAAGUUCAGACGGCACGAUUCGGCUCUGGUCUCUGGGUCAGCAGAGGUGCAUCGCAACGUACCGCUUUCACGACGAGGGCGUGUGGGCGCUGCAGGUGAACGAGGCCUUCACGCACGUGUACUCCGGAGGUCGCGACCGUAAGAUAUACUGCACAGACCUGCGCAAUCCAGACUCCCGUGUGCUCAUCUGCGAGGAGAAAGCGCCCGUGUUAAAGAUGGAGCUGGACAGGUCAGCUGACCCGCAUUUGGCCAUCUGGGUCUCCACCACCAAGUCCGCCGUUAAUAAAUGGUCUCUGAAGGGCAUUCAUAAUUUCCGAGCAUCUGGCGACUAUGACAACGACUGCAGUGCACCAGUGACGCCCCUAUGCACGCAGCCCGAGCAGGUUAUCAAAGGUGGUGCCAGCAUUAUUCAGUGCCACAUCCUGAACGACAAGAGACACAUUCUGACCAAAGACACCAACAACAACGUGGCGUACUGGGAUGUGCUCAAGGCGUGUAAAGUUGAAGACUUAGGCAGGAUGGAGUUCGAUGAAGAGAUCAAGAAGAGGUUUAAGAUGGUUUAUGUGCCGAACUGGUUUUCAGUGGAUCUGAAGACGGGGAUGUUGACCAUCACAUUGGACGAGAGCGAUUGUUUUGCUGCCUGGGUUUCUGCUAAAGAUGCUGGAUUCACCAGUCCUGAUGGAUCAGAUCCUAAACUAAAUCUGGGCGGGCUAUUACUUCAGGCUCUGUUGGAGUUCUGGCCACGCACACACAUAAACCCGAUGGACGAGGAGACCGAACUCAAUCAUGCCAGUGUGAACGGUGAACACGAGAGUCGGAUACAGAAAGGAAACGGUUAUUUCCAGGUGCCGCCACACACUCCAGUGAUUUUCGGUGAGGCGGGAGGAAGGACGUUAUUCAGGUUGUUGUGUCGAGAUUCCGGUGGAGAGACGGAGUCCAUGUUACUCAAUGAGACCGUCCCUCAGUGGGUCAUCGACAUCACAGUCGACAAAAACAUGCCCAAAUUCAAUAAAAUCCCAUUCUACCUCCAGCCCCACUCGUCCUCUGGAGCGAAGACAUUAAAGAAGGAUCGGUUGUCAGCAAGUGACAUGUUACAGGUGAGAAAGGUGAUGGAACACGUUUAUGAAAAGAUUAUCAACCUGGACAGCGAGUCUCAGACGGGCAGUUCGGCUGCAGAGAAGCCCAGCGAACAGAAAGAAGAGGAGGACAUUGCAGUACUAGCUGAGGAGAAGAUCGAACUGCUCUGUCAAGACCAGGUUCUGGAUCCCAACAUGGACCUGCGAACAGUGAAGCAUUUCAUCUGGAAGAGCGGCGGCGAUCUGACGCUUCACUACCGGCAGAAAUCCACGUGAGGCCGUAGAAAUCUCUCCCGGCAGAUCCGUUCUGAACACUUCACAUUCAAAGCACACGCUCGCCUGCACUUCCUGGUUCCGUCUGAGCUCUAGGUCAUCAUUCUCACAUGGGUCGCUCGGGUCACGCAUGUUUAUCUGGGAAGGACAAACAUUCAUGAAUGGCAAUUUGCAGAAAAGUGUGAUAGUGUAUGGAACAUCAGUGCGUUUAUCUGUUCGAUUUUAAUUUCAUUUCCCUCGCCGUGGAUGCCAUAUUGGAUGUAUCCGACAUUUGCUCUUUUGUUUACC